GCCUGGAGUCAGGACUCCUGGGAGAGGAGAGCGCGAGCGGGCCAGCGCCGGGACCCCAAGGCUGAGGAACGAUUCCAGCCUCUCCUACCUCGAGGCCCGCGGCUGAGUGGGAGAAGAGGUGUGGUGUCUGCCCCCCCUCGGGGGGGGGCGCAGGACAGGGCCUCAGGCCUGGGUGCUGCCUGGCACCUGGAAGAUGCCUGUGCCCUGGUUCCUUCUGUCCUUGGCUCUGGGCCGGAACCCCGUGGUCCUCUCUCUUGAGAGGGUUGUGGGGCCUCAGGACACGGCCCGCUGCUCUCCGGGCCUGUCCUGUCACCUCUGGGAUGGUGACGUGCUCUGCCUGCCUGGGAGCCUCGUGUCCGCCCCAGGCCCCGUGCUGGUGCCCACACGCUUGCAGACAGAGCUGGUGCUGAGGUGCCAUGAGGAGACUGACUGUGACCUCUGUGUGCGUGUGGCCGUCCACUUGGCCGUGCACGGGUACUGGGAAGAUCCUGAAGAUGAAGAGAAGUUUAGAAGAGCAGCUGACCCAGAGCUUGAGGAGCCUAGGAAUGCCUCUCUCCAGGCCCACAUCGUGCUCUCCUUCCAGGCCUACCCUACUGCCCACUGCGUCCUGCUGGAGGUGCAAGUGCCCGCUGCCCUCGUGCAGCCUGGUCAGUCUGUGGGCUCUGUAGUAUUUGACUGCUUCGAGGCUGCCCUGGGUGCUGAGGUGCAAAUCUGGUCCUACACUCAGCCCAGGUACCAGAAGGAACUCAAUCUCACGCAGCAGCUCCCUGACUGCAGGGGUCUGGAAGUCCAGGACAACAUUCAGAGCUGCUGGGCCCUGCCCUGGCUCAACGUGUCUGCAGAUGGUGAGGACGUACGCCUGGUGCUGGACGUCUCUGAGGAGCAGCACUUUGGCCUCUCCCUGUACUGGAACCAGGACCAGGGCCCUAUAAAACCCUGGUGGCACAGUAACCUGACUGGGCCACAGACCAUUACCUUGAACCACACAGACCUGGUCCCCUGUCUCUGUAUUCAGGUGUGGCCUCUGGAGCCCGACUCUGUCAGGACCAGCAUUUGCCCCUUUAGGGAGGACCCCCGCGCACACCGAAACCUCUGGCGCGCUGCCCGGUUGCAGCUGCUUCCCUCGCGGGGCUGGCGGCUAGACGCGCCGUGCUCCCUGCCCGCUGAGGCCACUCUGUGCUGGCAGGCACUGGAUGGGGGCCCCUGCCUGCCGCUGGUCCCGCCGCUGCCCCGAGAAAACGUUACAGUGAAUAAGGUUCUUGAGUUCCCCUUGCGGAAAGGCCACCCCAACGUCUGUGUCCAGGUGAGCACCUGGGAGAAGCUACAGAUGCAAGAGUGCUUGUGGGCUGACUCCCUGGGGCCCCUCAAGGAUGACAUGCUGCUGGUGGAGACACGAGGCCCCCAAGACAAUGGUUCCCUCUGUGCCUUGGAACCCAGUGGCUGCACCCCACUGCUCAGCAGGGCAUCCACGAGGGCAGCUCGCCUUGGAGAGCAGUUACUACAAGACGUGCAGUCGGGCCAGUGUCUACAGCUGUGGGACAGUGACCUGGGAGCACUCUGGGCCUGCCCCAUGGACAAGUAUAUCCACCAGCGCUGGGCCCUGGUCUGGCUGGCCUGCUUACUCUUGGCCGCUGUGCUUUUCCUUCUCCUUCUUCUCAAAAUGAACCCUGUGAAAGGGUGGCUGAGGCUCUUGAAGGAGAACAUCCGCGCGGGGGCGGCCUCCCGGAGCCGCGCGGCUCUGCUCCUCUACUCCGCCGACGACGCGAGCUUCGAGCGCCUGGUGGGCGUCCUGGCCUCGGCGCUGUGCCAGCUGCCGCUGCGCGUGGCCGUGGACCUGUGGAGCCGCCGCGAUCUGAGCGCGCAGGGAGCGCUGGCCUGGUUCCACGCGCAGCGGCGCCAGACCCUGCAGGAGGGCGGCGUGGUGGUCCUGCUCUUUUCGCCCGGGGCCGUGGCGCUGUGCCGCGAGUGGCUGCAGGAUGCCACUUCGGCGCCCAGGGCGCAUGGCCCGCACGAUGCCUUCGCCGCCUCGCUCAGCUGCGUGCUGCCAGACUUCUUGCAGGGCCGCGCGCCCGGCCGCUACGUCGGGGCCUACUUUGACAAACUGCUGCCCGCGGACGCCGUGCCCGCCUUGUUCCGCAGCGUGCCAGUCUUCUCUUUGCCCUCACAGCUGCCCGACUUUCUGGGGACUUUGCAGGGGCCCGCUGCCCCCCGCUCCCGAUGGCUCGCGGAGAGAGCGGAGCAAGUGUCCCGGGCCCUGCAGCCCGCCCUGGAUAGCUGUUUCCGGCCCCCGGGGGCCCUGGGGACAGGACGCGGGAUGGGCCCUUAGGCAGGAGUCAGAACUUGAAUAAAG